UUAGAGUGCUUCCGAAUUAGCGCAUACUCAAAACUAAUAUCCGCAAAAGAUAGCGGCAAAAUUGCAUUAUAUACGACUGCUUAGUGGAGAAAAUGUAAACAAAGUUUAACACCUUGGAGAGGAUGGAAGAGGAACAUUCUGUAGAUAUAUAUGCAGAUUUGGUGGAUGAAAAGAUAAAUACUGAUGCACAAGUACUUGGCACUGGCACCACAAAGGAACCAUCUGCUGUGGGCAGUGUAGACGAUGCCAGUAGAUUAACCACCUUUGACCUGUACGAUGACUUGAUAACCGAUGAGGGUUUGCAACAUCAAGCAUCACUCAAGGAGUGGAGUGAGAAAUACCAGACAGCAUUGAAUACCAUAAGUGACUUAGAGAGGCAGUUAGAAGUAACGAAGAAACAGCAGACAUUCUACAGCGAGAAGUGCCAAACACUAGAAAAGAACAUUUCACUGCUGUAUGUCACAGCUAAGGCGGAGUUAGGGAGGAAAGAUGCCCAAAUUGAGGAAUUCAGAAAGGAACUGAGGUCCAGGGAUUUUAGAUGGAAGCCAGACUGCACCAAAUCUCACUUUGUUAAUGCUUGGACAGAGGACGAAAUUCAUACAAGAAGCAAUGGGCAUAGUACUAAGGCUAGAGAAUGUGUUGGAGAAAAACUGUUGAAAGACAAGCAUCAUAAGGAAUCCAAAAACUCUCCCAGGAAAAGGAAACUCUUAAGUUCGUGGGAUGAUGUUAAAGACAAUUCCAAGAAAAGAUUAAAGAGAGAUGAGUCUACUUCUUCUAAAGGAAUUCUCCUACACUCUGAAAAGUCCAGGGAUGGAUUAAUAUCGGCUAGAAAACUUGUAGAGAAGAGCUUAAAGGAUUUAAGAAACAGAAAAUCCAGUGAGUUCAAGAGGUCUUCAAAGGACCAUUCAGUAUCUGUGAUUGAAGGAGACCUUCCUGGGGAAAGUUCUGUGAAAGUUAUCUCAAAACUUCAACAGUCUUCUGAUCAUACUUCUAAACAGAGAAGUAAGUCAGAAAAAGUGAAAGACAAUAAGGAAAAUAUAUAUCACUCAGAAAGUGACCCAAGUUUCAAAGGUUUAAUAGAGAGUCACACAGGGAAUCCAAGGGAAAAAUCGUCACAAGAACGGGUCUGCUCAACUUCUGAAUCAUCUUGCAGCAAAGUUGGUCAGUCCACAUCUGAAACAAAUGAUAGAUGUACAGAAAAAUAUCCUUGUAGAGAAAGGGUGGAGAGAAGUAGAAGUGAAAAGGAAAGGGAAAGAAAAUACACAGAGAAAAAGCAGUUGGAUAAAUCUGGGAGACCAAGUCAAGAAGUACAUGAAUUGGAAAGGAAAGAGAAAUACAACAGAAAGUCUUGUGUUGCAGUUUCUAAAAUCGAUGGAAGGCAAUCAAAAAGACAUUCAGAAAGAGACUCUCAGAAAAAUUCCGAGGCUCUCACAGACUUCACACUUCAGGGACACACAGAUACAAAGGCAAAGUAUACAGAUUUAAGAUACAAACUGCAAAGAAAAAAUAAACAUGGAUCGAAAUACCAUAAGCAUGAUACAUUACCAGACAAAGAAAUGAAAGAGGGCCAUAUAGAGCAACACAAUUCCAAAAGAUUCAAGCCUGACAGAAUCAAAUCUAAUGAAAAAGAGGAAUGUGUAUCAUUUUCUCUCAGGAACUCUUUAUCACCAAAGCAAGAUAAAUCUCAAGUAGAAGGAGAAUCAGACAAUAUAUCAAAUUCAAAUACUAGUAUUGAGGGAGUGUGGUCAGAUUUCAUCACAGAGAACUCUAAGCAUUAUCAAGAACCAUGCUCCAAUAGUGACUUUCAAAACAUUUCUAAAGGAAAGGAGUGCGAGACAGAAAACUGUAAUGCAGAUGAUCUACUUCUUGGUUUAUUAUGGAAAGAAAAGAGACCAUUAACGCCAAAACGAAAAUGUGAAAAGAAACCUGUAACUCCAAAACAAAGUUAUGUACAGAGUGGAAGAGCUGAAGUGUCAGCGGUAACAUGUCUUGAAGAAGCAAUGGUGAGAGUGAAUGAGGAAAAGAUUUCGAAAUAUGCAAAAGCAUCAAACAAAGAAAAGGGGGCAUUAUCAAACAUAGGAAGCGAUAGUUCAAAGAUGGAUGAUUUCAAAGAGCAUGAACGUGAUGUUACAUCAAGUCUUUUGUCCAAAGUGUCUCAGGGUGAAAUUGAAGCUGCAAAAAAGCUCAAAAUGUGUCCAAAAAAUAAACAUUCAAGAUCACAUCAGUAUCCAAAUCUUGAUCUUUGUAGUGCAGAAGACAAUAAUCCAUUCAAUGUGUUUAUAGAGGAGUUGAUAUCAAUAGACCAUAGAAAUGAAAACCCCAAUGCAAAAUAUAACGAAGUUAGUGCCACCACAGACAACAUUAUUGAUCCAUUACAUGUUACUAAAGAUGGAAUUAAAGACUGUGAACAUUCCAAAGUGAAAAUACCAGAUGCACAGGAUAAUAGCGCAAGUUGUUUUGAUAUAAGAAUUCAUGUAUCUGAGAAAGAAAUGAAUGAUUUGCUUGGCUGUGAAUCGAACAUGAGUGAUAGAAUUACAACAGCACAACUGAGUAAAAAGCAAAGUGAAACCCGAAAAAAUCAAAAAGAAGUUUCAUCAAGGACCAAAUCUCAGAUUUGUAACAUUAAGUCGUCCAACAAGAAAAAUGAAAAGAAAUCCAAUGAUGCUGAGAGAAAGCACAGCAAGGGAAUGAAACAAGAAAAUGAAGCUCCAAAAUCAAAGCCAGUGUUGAAGCUUCCACUUGACACAAAACAGGUGUUUUCAGAGAGUAUUGUUUUCAAGGAGACUAAAAAGCUGAAGUCUUUGAGUGAAAAAGUGUAUGUGUCUGUGAAAGGUACAAAAAUAGUACUAAAAUCUGAGGCUUUGAGAUCAGAAGAUAAAAAGCCUUGUCCAAAGAACAGCCUGUCUAAAAAAGAAUAUGAUGCAGAUCGGGAAUUUCUUAACCAGUUAAAAACAAAAUACUCGAAGGAACAAUUAAAGAAUUGUCAAAAACAAAAAUCUGAAAUGAAAGACUGUCAAGCUAGUCUUAUAAAGGAUGACGAGAAGACAAAAGAAUCUCCAGAGAAACACAGUACAUGUACUGUAGAGAAGUCGGAGCACCAGGACGAUUGCAAAGAAGAUAAAACUCUACAGAGAUGUGCUUCAGAAGAUCAAGAACUUUUGCAAGACACAAACAGUUUUUGUGACAAUAGUGAAAUAGAGAUCAAAAACACAUCUUAUCACUCGGACAACAUUGGAAACAGCACAGAUAAAACUAACGAUGAAGGAACAAAUAACGAAGAUGAUGAUCAACAAAAAGGUAUUGAUUGGAAAGUGAAGAUUAAAGAAGCUGGUGUGGAAAGGGGUGCCAGGGAUCACAUGACUGAUCUUAUCUUGGAGCAAAAUGAAACUUCUGCAAAUGGGAAUGAUUUCAACUGCAUUUCUCAGCAAGAAUGUAAUUCAAGUGAAAAAUCCUUCUUAAUGAAAUCAGGAAGUGGGGGUCAAAUGUUAGAGGAACCCAUGGAAAUAGGAGCAAGAGCCACCCAACCAUUACAGCUGGCAUCUCAAUGUUCGUCAGUGUCAAUUGACUUUAUACGCAACAGUAUCAUGAAAAAAAUAGAAGAAAAGGAAAAAGUCCCUGGGAAUAGCGAUGACAUGGAUUUAUUUUCUGUGAAUGACCAGACAAAUUUUGAACUUGCGGAUCCCAUUAAUGAAAAAAUACAUUUUCCAGUUAAAGAUGUGUCGAAGUUUAAAACCUGUUUAUCAAGUAAACCAACUCAGGAAGAACAAGUGCAGUCACCAACAAAAUUAACUUCCCCAAUAGAUGGAGAUGGAAAGGGUAAAGUAUGUAGGGAACUGCACACAGAAACUGAAAGUAUUACAGAGUUUUUUGAUGAAAAAAGCCAACUAGAUAUACGUAAUACCAUUUCGUUAAGAGCAAAAGAUGGAAUAAGUGUGAGAAAACAAUCCUUUGAUAAAGUAAGUGAAGUUGAUGAAACUGAUGAGAAUGUUUGUUCAGUAGUGGAAUCUGGGAUGGAGGUUGAAGGUAUAGAAGUGUCUGACCGAGAAAGUGACUUUAAGGCAACUCUCCAAAAUAGUGAAUCAGAAGAAGGCGAGGUUCAUUCAUCAGAUAGUGAAAGUGAUUACAGAGAGAAUGGAAAUAAAAAACCCAGGCGGAAAUCAUCAAGGGAUUCCCAUUGUCGGAGUGAAAAAGAAUCGAGUAAAAGAAAAAAUCAUUCUUCUAAGCACAGGUCAAAUUCCAGCUCAAAAACAAAAGAAAGGAGAGACAAGGAAGUUGAUAGACUCCCAAAAAAAUCUUCAGAAACUGAAAAAUCUUCAAAACCAAAAAUGUCAAGGAGAGACACUGAAAGAAAACAUGAGGUUAAAGAGGAUAAAAGAGACAGGGACUAUUUGUCAAGAGAAAAGUCACCCGUUCAGAGCAGUAGUAGAGAAAAUAGAACUGUCGAAAGGAGAAAAGUUGGUGAUUCGAAACAAAUAAUUUCACACCGACACAGCAGCUCCAAUCGCGGAAGUGAGGAGAGGGAUAGACACUCGAGAAGUCGACACAACAGCUCAGAAAGAUACGGUAGAUCUCACCAUGAUAACAAAGAUGCAAAAAUUGACAAACAUUCCCGCAUACGUCGUGAUAAUUUGGACAGAAAGACGGACAGACACACCAGCACACAUCAUGACAGUACAGAAUCAAAAUCCGUUCACAAAGAUUCAAAUAGACCACCACGAGACACCCGGAGAAAAUCAUUUACGAGGAAUUGAUAUUAUUUACGAGAAAUUCAUAUCAUUUACGAGGAAUUCAUAUCAUUUAUGAGGAAUUGAUAUAAUUAGGUAGAAUUUCAUAAAUGUUGAUGAUUUGUUAUAGUAAUUUAUGAUAAAAAAAGUUAUGGAGAAUUCCAGUUAAUGUUAGGUUAUUUUUUCCAAAUUAUACUUGGUAGGUCCUUUCAGUGUUUGUACAUUGAAUUAUUUGUUAUCAUAAUGUAUCUAGAGCAUUACUUUGAAAUGCAACUCUAAUUUACUACAUUUAGUAAAGUUGCACUAACUUCACAAAUCAGUGAUGGUGUAUGUUGUUUAGAGAUACACAUAGUGAGUACAGUACUCUUUAUUGACUGAUCUAACCUAACCAGAUGGAACUUCUUCAUUAACUCGAUAUGUUUUAUUUAUACAUCAGAAACUUUCUAUGUUUGUACUGGUUUAUACAUAUAUACCGAAUGGCAGAAUGCAUACACGAAAGAUAGCAGUUUGUACAUUUUGUACCAUUAAAGUGGAUAUAUUUUUCACAGAGUCAUUUGUACAUUAGUAUGUGAUAAAAUGGGGGCGACUUCGUUUCGUAUACUGGUUUGCACUGGACCAUUCCGUUGCAAUCAAACACAGAGUUUCAACUCUCAUAUGACGCAUUGCUACAUUUAAACUACCCAAGUAACCCUGCCUUCUGUAAGAGUUAGUGUGCUACAUUUUUGUAGCAAUAUGGCGGUCUUGUAAUUAUACUGCACGUGUGUCAAUUUUCAAAGCAUGGCUAUGAUUAGCUGGAAUAUUGUACAUGGGGGGGGGGAUGUUAAAAAAAGAACAUUUGAAUAUUUACCCUAAUACAGUAACUGAAUAUUUACCCUAAUACAGUAACAAAGUACGUACUAAGUGCAAACCGAAGUCGCACACAAGUUUAAGGGAGGUAGGUGAAAUUUAAUAAGAUGCAGAUUUCACAUAGAUGGAAAAAGACUAGAAAAAAAUUCGAUUCGACACAUUUGCUCAAUAAACUGUCGGUGUUGUAAAAAAAAAAAAAAACA